AUGAAGCACAAUAACCAUAUCAUUCGACUGGCCAAUCUCGACCUUCCGGGGACGAGCCUUGCCUUGAGUAUGACAACCAGCACGCAGAACCCUCGAGGGAGCAUUCGAAUGACCAGAUCCCCCGGAUCGAGGGACUCUCGGUCCAAACGCAACGCGACACGUGUACGGAAAUCCGAUCAAUCAUCUGGCACUGACCUCUUGAGCGUGUUGCCCCUCAACAGACAACCCACUGAUCAUGCCACGGACCUGGCAUUCCGUUGGAAGAGCUGGGGAGACUGUCUCUGUCCGGGUGAGCCCAUACCAUACCUCUGCGGAGAAUAUCUUGAGGUCAUUCCGCAACGUGUCGGUGUCAAUCGGGCUUUCGACCUUGGUCUCGAGUGCGCCAUAGUCAGCACCGUGGCGUUUGCAAACCGCACCCAAGAAAAUUACAUCAAAGCCUACGAGCUUAAUGCGAAGGCUUUGAUAGUAAUGAGAGACGCUAUGGCACUUGAGAGAGCUUCCAAAAGAUACCGCACGGACGUGUUGCUUACGACCUUUCUACUGUAUUUUGCCGAGUCCUUGCUCAACACUUAUAAUGCGUCUGGACGUAUUCAUCACGAGGGCGGAACCCGCCUGCUCAUGGAAAUGACGAAGCAUGGUACCGAGUGUGACGAUGAUGUGAUCAAGAUAUUCUGGGCCUGCGUUGGCCGCGAAUUCCUACCCGCGGUCCUCACCGGCACCGAUUCAGUCUUCGACACUCCUGCCUGGCUACAGUAUUCCAUUCCUCCAUUCGCACACCCAAACUACCCACAGCCUGAAUUCGUUGAUCGAUACAACAAAGAGCGCUACAUACGCCUGCCACGCUUAAUACGCCUCAUUCGCGAGCUGCGUCAUGCGUCUCAUGAUCACAAUCUGAGAAAAGACGUUUUGGCGUUAGCCAAAGACUUAUACCAGGAGAAUCUGGAGGACUGGGUAGAGCAGUUGUUUGUGCUUGGCCUCAUAUGGUGGAAGCCAACGUCUGGAUCGGCUCCAUCAGAUGCCUCCUCAAGGAUUUGCCACACAGCCCAAUUGGGCUUCGCAUCAUCCCGCAUCUUCAUGCGCUUCACAGCGUAUUACGAGCUGCGAUGCCUCAUCUGCGGCUGUAUCCUGACGCUUUGCGACCUCUCAGCCGACUCUCGGAGCCCUUUGAUCUCAGGCUUCGACGCCUCUGCGGUUGCCGAGCAAGACACCUACGCCGCACGACAGAUCGCCGCCUGUGAGGAAUGGGCUCUGGAAGAUGCUUCACCGCUCCGCUUCCGCGUCAUGUGGCUAUUCAUGCCCGUUCUGUACGCCCUUGGCAGCUGGCAACGACUGACAUUGCGCGCCAACAACAACGGCCAGCAGCAGCAGCAGCAACAGGAAAAGUUGGCGCACGGCAUGGAACAAUGGUCGCUCAACUUCAUCCGAGCGUUCGAGGGCCGCUGGGGAGGCAGACCGUGGACUCCCGCGACGAUCAAGCACUUCCACCGAGUCCUUAUUGGCGGCGAUCUAUGA